AUGGCUGUCUCCAUCGCACAGGUCACAGCCGAGCACCACCAUGACGGCUUCGGCCUUUUCACCACAACACCUCGUCUCUCAUGGCGCUUUGACGCGACGACGGUGAGAGACUGGAAGCAGGCGUCCUACGAGGUGCGCAUAUCACGCAACGGUCAAGACGAAUCAUAUCAUAUAAUUUCACCUGAGUCCAUCCUCGUCCCUUGGCCAUCGUCUCCACUAGCCUCGCGGGAGAGGGCAUCUAUUGAAGUCCGCGCUACGGGGCGCGAUGGACAAUCCACAGACUGGGCGAGCUUAAGUGUUGAGGUUGCGCUCUUGUACCGCUCCGACUGGUCUGCCCAACUCAUCUCCGGUCCGCCACCAGGCCCGGGACCAAAACGCCCAUUCCGACUUCGGAGGACAUUUCGACGCACCGGGACUGGACCAGCACGGCUAUACGCCACGGCUCACGGCGUCUAUGAGGUUGAGAUCAAUGGCCGGCGGGUAGGUGACCAUCUGCUCGCGCCAGGAUGGCAGUCCUACCGGCAUCGUCUUCACUACCAGACGUACGACGUGACGUCCCUUUUGCAGGAGGGGGACAACGUCAUCGGAGCUCACAUUGCUGAGGGAUGGUUCGCCACGAGACUAGGCAGACCCGGUGUCGCCAACAUCUGGGGCAAUCGGCUAGGGUUUCUCGGUCAAGUCGAGAUCGAAGGGGAGGUGGUUUGCGCAUCGGACGCCAGCUGGGACCAUCUCGAGGGCCCGCUCAUCAGUUCCGAGCUGUACAACGGCGAAAUCUGCGACAGCAAUCUUGAAGACCCGACAUGGUCAAGCACAUCGGCAACAACCCUAGCCAAAGGGCGUGCUCAUGUCUUGCCGUUUCCUGCAGCUGAGCUCAUAGCUCCCCAAGUCGCUCCAGUGCGACAAGUGAUGGAGCUCAAGGCGAAAAGGAUCAUCACGACGCUGAGCGGGAAGAAGAUACUGGAUUUCGGCCAGAACUUUGUGGGCUGGCUGCGAGUCGAAAAAACAAUAUCCAGCACGCCAGACAACAGAGACCUGAUUAUCAGGCAUGCCGAAGUAAUGGAGCACGAAGAGUUAGGCAUAAGGCCACUUCGCACUGCAAAAAGUCAGUACACCCUGAAGCUCGGUGGCCCUACAAGGAACGCCCAGACACGGUUCACGUUCUACGGCUUCAGAUUUGCUGAGAUCACGGGCUACGAUGACGUUUGCGUUGAUGACUUCACGGGCGUCGUCAUCUCUUCGGACCUGCGUCGCACCGGUGGGUUCGAAUCCUCCCAUGCCAUGCUCAAUAAACUGCACGCCAACACGGUCUGGUCAAUGCGAGGCAACUUUGUCUCAGUGCCCACAGACUGUCCACAACGCGACGAGCGCCUGGGUUGGACUGGAGAUCUCCAAGUGUUUGCACCGACGGCCAAUUUUCUGUACGACACGGCCGCUUUCUUAGGAUCAUGGAUGCGUGAUGUCGAGGCUGAGCAAAGGGAUGCUGGCGGCGUAGUGCCGGUUAUUAUUCCCAAUAUCCCCAAACCGCCCGACAACCGACAAAAUAGACCGAUGGCAAUCUGGGCAGACUGCGCCGUGAUUACACCCUGGGACCUGUAUAAUGCUUUCGGCGACAAGACCCAGCUCGCGACGCAAUGGGAGAGCAUGCGUUUAUGGUUGGACUUGGGGGUACCGCGCGAUGAAAAGGGCUUUUACUCGACCAAAUCGCCACAGUACGGCGACUGGCUGGAUCCUCGCGCACCAGCCCACAUGCCAGGUAAUGGACCGACAGACAAUUUCAUGGUGGCCAACGCAUAUCUCAUCUGUACGACGGACCUUGCAGGCAAGGUUGGCCGCAUCUUGGGCAAGGCUGAGGCGGCAGAGCGCUACGAGAUAGACGCUGCUCGUCUGCGGGAUCUCUUCCGAGACGAGUAUGUGACGAAGACAGGGCGAUUGGCGUGCGACACACAAACUUCGUACGCGCUUGCACUGAGGUUUGGGCUGUUUGACGACGAGCAAAUGGCGACGGCGUGCGGGCGCCUUGACUACUUGACUCGUUGGGAGCAGUUCAAGAUCACGACUGGUUUCGCAGGCACGCCCAUGAUCCUCAAGGUGCUGGCGGAUAACGGCAUGCUGAACCUUGCGUACCGCAUGUUACAGGAGCGUGAUAAUCCCAGCUGGCUGUAUCCAGUAGGGAUGGGUGCGACGACGAUCUGGGAGCGCUGGAACUCGAUGCUGCCGGACGGAACCAUUAACCCGGGCCAAAUGACGUCCUUCAACCAUUAUGCGCUGGGGUCGGUCUGCGCGUUCAUGCAUAAUGUGGUGGGUGGGCUCUCGCCAGCAUUGCCGGGCUGGAGGAAGGCGCUGGUGAAGCCGCAGCCGGGUGGAACGGUCAGGUCAGCUCGGACAUGGUUUGACUCGCCCUUCGGGCCAUAUGAGGUGAAUUGGAGAUGCGAAGGGUCCAAAAUGACAACACGGCUCAGGGUACCGCCAAAUGCAGAGGCGCACGUGGUGCUUGAGGGCAUAGACCAGGAGGUGGGCAGCGGCGAGUACGUGUUUGAGACGCUGUGGGAGACAGACCCUGAAUGGCCUCCGAGUCAUAUCGCGGGGCCACAGGGCGACCAGUAUGAGAAUUCUUUCGUUGCGUGA